AUGCAGAGCCCCAAUGUCUUUUCCCAAGCUCAAGCAGAUGAAAACACGAAAGCAGGUCGUCUGCCUCUUCACUUGGUCAAACAUGUUAAACCCAGUUCAACAAAUAUAAAAAGCUGUUCUAGCUUAUUAAAGAAAGACAGCAAGACAGAACACAGUUAUGACGAUCUCACUCUCGAUUACUUAGAAGUUUUUCACAAGGGAGACUUUGAAACAGAGAAACACAAACUGUUAUGUGAUGCUAGAUUUGGAAAGUUUGUCUUCCAUGGGAUAAGGCAGAGACUAUCCACCAUAAACUGGGCAAAACUGUUUAUGGAUAAACCUAAAGAAGAGAAAAAGGACUCCUUUGCAGAAAAACUUGCAACACAGAUUAUUAAAAACCUGCAAAUCAAAAUAACAAGCAUUCAUGUGAGAUACGAAGAUGCUAUUACUGACCCUUCAAGGCCGAUCUCUGUUGGUGUCACUUUAGGAGAACUGAGUUUGCAGACAGCAGAUGAAAACUGGACCCCAUGUAUUUUGAGUGACACUGCAAAAAUCAUCUACAAGCUUGUCCGCUUAGAUUGCCUUUGUGGCUAUUGGAACGUGAACAGCUUACUGUUUUGCGGUAACACGAGGGAGCAAAUCUUGUUGCAGCUAAAAGAAGGGAUAGCUUCAAGUGCUGAUGAACCCAAAAAUCAUGACUACAUUUUUAAGCCUAUAUCGGCAUCUGCAAAACUUUGCAUCAAUCCUUCUGCUGAAACUGAAUUGAAUUCACCCAAAAUAAAUCUGGAUGUGGAAGUACAGAGCAUUGACAUAGAAAUGACAAAACCUCAGUAUCUCAGUAUUAUAGAUCUGUUGGAAUCUGUGGACUAUAUGGUCAGAAACGUUCAUUACAGAAAAUAUAAGCCCAAUGUACCACUUCACAAAAAUGCCAAUAAAUGGUAA